CCUAAACCACCUUUGCCCUCCACAAUACAGAACAGAGCCGUGAAGUCAGAGAGACAGAGAGAGAGAGAGAGACACACACACACAAAGAGAAUUUCGCCGGAGAAAUUUGCGGUUACGGUGGUCUUACUCAGUAACAAAACAAGACAUCAGAAUCUCCAGUCCCUUCUUCACCAGAAAAAAAAAUCAUCGAUCUCUAUUAUACAAUCGGAGAAAGAAGCUCGAGAAAUGUCGUCGUUAGAACAAGAAAUGUUCUUACAGUGGGGAAACAAGAAGAGAAUGAGACGUCUAAGAGCCGCCAACAAGGACAAACACAUCUCACGCCGCGAAUCUAAUUCUUCAGCUCCUCAAGAGACCUUCCUCUUUCACUCCUCGAGGUUCUCCAGAGGAUCACAAGGGGCAAUACUCAGAUCUGGAGGACUAGCAGAGAAAGAGAAAGAGAAAGAGAAAGAGGAGAGGUAUUACACUACGAGAGGCGUAGUUGAUACAAUUGGGAAAGCUUGCUUAUUAGAUGGAGAAGACAGCAAUAGCAAGGGAGAGGAGAGUAAUAUGUGGCCGAAGCUGUUUGUGACGCUGUCGAGCAAAGAGAAGGAAGAAGAUUUCAUGGCUAUGAAAGGUUGCAAACCUUCGCACAGGCCUAAGAAGAGACCCAAACUCAUCCAAAAAAGCUUACUUUUGGGGAGUCCUGGAACAUGGUUGGCUGAUAUGUGUCCCGAUAGAUAUGAUGUCCGGGUCAAGAAGAGCUCCAAGAAGAGGCGAGCAAGAGGAUUAAAAGCAAUGGGGAAUGUUGAGAGCGAUUCAGAUUAAGGAGGAGCUUGAACAUUAUCUAGAAAAUCUUUGCGUAUUGACUUUUUAGAUUAACUUUUGCUUUGUGGUGUUCACUUGAGCAAUCUUAUAAAAGUAGUUUCUUUCAGUUGAUCAUUUUGAACUACAAAGGAAACAUUUAUUUCUUUGUGGGCAAUGUAUGCGCUUGUGGCCCCUUGUUGUAACUUGCACACAAUCUUGUUGUAACUUACUGUUUCAAAUAAUGGAUUUUUGGUCCCAUC